GUGCCGCCGCGCCGAGCCGAGACGCGCUGAGCCGAGCCGGGCCGGGUCGGGGGUGCCGUCACUCGGCGCUUCCAGCAUGCUCCUAAGAUGGCGGUAGCGGCGGCGGGCGGUGGCGGGGGCGGGCGGGCGCAGCGCAGCGGCUGGCUGGAAGUUUUGGUGCGGGAGCGCUGGCACAAAGUGCUGGCCAACUUGGGCGGCGAGGCGCUGGUGCUGAGCGGCGAGGAGCGGCCCGACGGCGCGGCCCACAACGGCCUGGGCGGCGAUGGGGCGGCGUGCCGCGGGGCCGAGGGCGGCGGGGGGGCGGCGGCGGUGCGCACCGCCUUCACCGACCCCCCUGAGCAGGUGCCCGAGGCCGUCUCCAACAAGAAGCGGUGCGUGAAGGUGCUGAAGCAGGAGCUGGGCGGGCUGGGCAUCAGCAUCAAGGGGGGCAAGGAGAACAAGAUGCCCAUCCUCAUCAGCAAGAUCUUCAAGGGGCUGGCGGCCGACCAGACCCAGGCUCUCUACGUGGGCGAUGCCAUCCUGGCCGUCAACGGCACCGACCUGCGGGAUGCCACCCACGACGAGGCGGUGCAGGCGCUCAAGCGGGCCGGCAAGGAGGUGCUGCUGGAAGUGAAAUACAUGAGAGAAGCAACCCCCUAUGUGAAGAAAGGCUCUCCUGUUUCAGAAAUUGGAUGGGAGACACCUCCUCCUGAAUCCCCCCGCCUGGGUUGUGCCUCUGCUGACCCGCUGUCGCAGCUUUCACUCUCCAUCCACAGAGACAAGAAGACAAUCCCACUCAAGAUGUGCUAUGUGACACGCAACAUGAUGGUGUCAGACCCCGAAAACAGACUUAUUGAAGUUCAUUCACCUGAUGCCAAGCACACCGUGGUGCUCAGGAGUAAGGAUUCAGCUACAGCCCAGGCCUGGUUCAAUGCCAUCCACUCCAGUGUCAAUGAGCUCAUCCCCAGAGUGAUUGCAGAGGUCAGAGACCAGCUGGGUAAAACAGGGAUUGCUGGAAGUCGAGAGAUUAGGCAUCUAGGCUGGCUUGCAGAAAAGGUGCCAGGAGACAAUGAGAAGCACUGGAAGCCGGUGUUAGUGGUCUUGACAGAGAAAGACCUCUUAAUAUAUGAAAGCAUGCCACGGAUGAAGGAAGCUUGGUUCAGCCCUCUGCACACCUAUCCUCUGCUAGCCACCAGGUUGGUCCAUUCAGGCCCAGGGAAAGGCUCGCCGCAGCCAGGGCUGGAUCUGUCGUUCGCCACGCGCACGGGCACUAGGCAGGGGAUCGAAACGCACCUCUUCAGGACAGAGACCAGCCGAGAGCUGUCGCUGUGGACACGGAGCGUGGUGCAGGGCUGCCACAACGCCGCCGAGCUCAUCACCGAAAUCACCACGUCUUGCACGUACAAAGGCCAGGAGUGCCGCCUGACCAUCCACUACGAGCACGGCUUCUCCCUGGCAGCCGAGCCGCACGACGGUGCCUUCGCCAAGACUAUUGCACAAUACCCCUACGAAAGGCUGAAGAUGUCCUCUGACGAUGGGAUCCGGAUGCUUUACUUAGACUUUGGAGGAAAGGAUGGAGAAAUUCAACUGGACCUUCAUUCCUGUCCAAAACCAAUUGUGUUCAUCAUUCAUUCCUUCCUGUCGGCAAAGAUUACGAGACUUGGCCUGGUGGCAUAAGUGGGAUACAUCUGUUUCUUCAAAGAGGGAGUGACCAUGCUAACCUGAAGUUAAGCCAGCAGCACCAGCCCAUAGCAGCUCGCAGCAUACACCAGCCCAGGGCUCAGUACCAGCCCUUGGUCAUUUCUGCAGUCUGCCAAGGCCCAGGUUUCAUUUUGGUCAGAUAAAAAGGUGGCAUGACAAGGAAAAUAGUGGAUUUCAUUGUAAAUAAUGGGGCUUUGAAAUCCCAUGUCAGACAUUAAAAACGUGUAGUGCCAUACCUGGAAAUGUUUCAGAAUCAUAAAUUGUGCCUAUUGCAACGGACUUGUUUAUCUAGAAUAAGUAAAGGGCUAAGCAGAUGAGUGGGGGUUGGCUGUGGUGCAAGCUCAAGGUUGGUUGUGUAGGAGGUUUCCAAAUGAGUCUGUCCCACCACUGUCCCACCAGUAAAUAUUUUUUCCUGUGCUAACCUGCGCACCACUUCCAGCAGGUUUUUCUUUCGGGGCACUAUCAGAACCCAGCAGAGCAUGCUCAGCAGAGCAGAACACCCUUGAGCAGAAUGCUCUAAAGCAAUGCAGCUGUAGCCAGUGAACAGCUGGAGGGGCUCUGCUGAGGGGCACUUUCACAUGAGGUGGUGAAGACACCUUGGGCACGAUGCAGGCGAUGGAUGCCACGCACAGCCAGCUGUGGUGGGAGCUGCCUCUCAGCAGGGCACAGGUAGGAGCAUCCUGGAGUUCCCUGAAUCCACACUGAGGGGUGAGCUCAGCUUCUGCCAGCACCCUUCCACGGCAGUUUUUCCAACAGAAAGCCAUGCUGAGCUUCCUGUCCCAACUGUGUCAUCCCCUCAGCUCUGAUGAGGCUGUUUGUGGGGUCUUCACAGAAGAACAAAUGUGGGAACAGAGGAAGACUUCAAGUUUUCUAGACUAGAUCAGAGAAGUUAUUCAAGUAGCUCCCCAACAGUGAGGAAAAGCACCAAGGCAGGGACAUGAGCUGCACUGCCAGAAAAGCCUUAAUAGGGAACUGCUCCUAUGAGCAUGACUUGGGAAAUCCCAAGCUGUUCCUUGCUGGUGAAAGGUUAAGACGUUCACCUCCGUACCCAUAACUUACUAGUUCUUGUUGUGCACCACAACUUACCGUUUUAAGUCCAAACAUGUGACUCCCAGCUUUUCAGCCUCAGUUGAGCACAACACAGGCAGGAAUGUUGACCUUCAUUGUCAGAGAUGAUAAAGCUUGAACCUGGAAGCACACAAUUGGCUUAAUGUGGUCAGGUGGGAACAGAAAGCAGCAUAACAGGGAUGGCAUUUAGGUUGCUCCUACUUUGUAAAGAGAACUGCUUCAGAUGGGGGAGGGGUUUUGUGUGAUUUUAGAGUUUUGCCUGAAAUUCACACUUUGAAGGACAGGAAGUGUACAGAAAGUAAUAAACCCAAAGUCUGUGGAAGUUCACUUGUCAUAUUACACCACUUCUUUUAUUCUUGAGAAAGCACAGAAGUUUCAGCUUAGCAUCCCUUGGCUGGCAAAGACCAAAAUUAGAAACGUAGUUUGGUUCCAUGUUGCUUUUAAGCCAAGUCUGGAGAGGGAAGUGGCACUCGGCCUAUUCACUGCAGAGGACUUUGGGCUGGUUUCCAUAGGGCUGGUUAAUCAUCAAAACUAAUUAAAGAACUAAGAUGAUGGGCUGAAUUUGGAACUACAGGAAGCGAUCAUUGAAGAACAACAGCUCAGUGGGCAGAAGGAAGAGCAGCCCCACACCCAGCACCUCUCAGCAGUCAAAGGCACGGCUGGGAGGGGACUGGCUGAGCUCCUGGCUUCAGGCUGACUCUCACGGUACUUGCACUUCCAAACUCGUUCUUCAUGUAACUUCCCCAGGUAGGAGGUGGCAGGUUACAUAACAUACCAGUAACUUCCAAACAGCCAUUUCUCAUUUAGUGCCCACUGCUGUUCACAGAACUGCCUGUGGCAGUCCCUUGGGUCUCCUCUGCCUUGGAAGCUUCUGGAAGGUCUCCUGAGAAGCUGCGAGGGGUCGGUACGCCGGGGGACUGUCCCCUCCAGGAUCACCUCCCAUCACAUCAGUGAGGAAGCUCUUGUGUCAAGUUCUUAAAAAGCAAUUCAGGACACUUUUGCUGCUGUUCCAAAGUAGAACUUAAACAUUUGGCUGCAGGCUCCUGUGAAAGUUGCAGAGGUGAAAGUGAAAACUUGCAUAGUGUGGGGUAGGUUAAAUCCAUCAGUAAAAAUGAACUGCACUAUUUCCUGACUCCUUUCACACUUACCAAUCACUGGAAUGUUAGACCUGACAUGUAUGUGCAUUGUAAAUAUUACAAAUUCCUAUGUUAGUACCAACAAUUAAAUGACACAAUAUGUAACCUAAGGUGCUCAGUACUAUAUAAAGUAUAAGUCAAUAACUAAACCAUUUGAAAAGAAAAUUCAUAUAUAUUUAUAGAAAAAACAUAAUGAUAAUGACAGAUGUUAUUUCUUCAUUUUCAGAUUUUGGACUGAUUCAUAUUUGGAUGGGAUAGGCAAAUGAAAUAUGGACCUACUCCACAUUUAUAAGAGUAUAGUGAAUAUUUAUAU